CUUCUCUAGAAAAAUUGACAAAUUGACAAAAAAUUUCAAAUUUCUUUACUGUUUCGUCAAACAAAAAUUAAUAAUAAUUUCGUUUUUAUUUACUUUUUUUCCUUUAAGCUUUACUUUAUAUAAUGAAAUUGUAAAUCGCCGCGUAUGUCUACGACUGCUAAAAGUGUGGUGCGAUUUCCUUAACCAAAAAAAAAAUGUUCAAAAAGAAAAGCCUGAGCACUGAUGAAAUCAACAGACAAAAUGCAAAAAACAAGAAGCGAAAGUCACAAAGUAUACCUUAUGAACCACCGGCAAAAUGGGAGGGGAAAAUCUACAAACUCGUGGACGGUACGAACUUUGAUCAAUAUAUGGCGGCGCUCGGUGUUGGUCCUGUAUUGCGGAAAAUCGGAAACUCCGUACGACCGGUUAUAGCAUUACGUAGGAGUGGCAAAUAUUACUCCCUCAUAAUAGCCUCCGAUUUCACCACGACCAUACAACGCUUUGAGCUGUGCGUGCCCUUCGAUGAGUUGACCUUAGACGGACGUAAAAUGCGGACUACCAUCUCGCUGUAUAACAAUGUGUUGAUUCAACAUCAAAUUGGCGAUAUUCCUUCGACUAUUGUACGGGAGUUCCACGAGGAUAAGAUGAUUGCCAAGUAUAUGGUGAAAGAUGUUGAGGCGGUGCGUGUAUUCCAAGCGGCGGAUGAGGAAAUGUGUCGACAGAUAUGGGAGGCUAAUGUGGCGAAAAGAUAUAAUAUAUAGAUAGAUUAUUAAAUGUCUAUUUUUUAACAUUUCUGUUACCACAAUGUAUAACAGCUAAAUUCGAAUAUGCAACACCAAAAUUCAAAAAAAAUAUGGACCGCAGUAAUCGCUUUAUAAAAACUUCUCGAAUUUAGCUGUUAUGACGUGUGGGUAUCGUAGUAUCUGAAAGUAUCGCAAGACGAUAUAUUAGUAGCGUUUUGUACUAUAUCUCUCGAUGUUAUAUUGUUUGUUGAAAAUUGUAGUUCUUGGUUCCAAAUUAUUGUAAAUCAAUACAAUAUAUGUUAAUAAAAUUUUGUCCAAUAAAUGUGCAUAUAUAAAAAUU